GUUUGAAGAAAUGCCCAUGUGGAGGAUAAGAAACUGUUUAACGAGCUGUUGUUUUUCAAUGUUUUACUUUUGAAGAGAAAUAGGGAAAUGAUAGAUUGAGAUUCAUGGGUAGUACUCCAUUUGGUAAGAUUAUACCUUAAGGUACUUGUGUCCGGUUCUUGUUUGACGCUUUGAAUUUCUAUCAAAGAUUCAAAGUUAAUGUUAAAAAUUGCUAAAAAUAUGACAUAGUCACGUCUGACACCAGAUUCUGAGUCAAUGUAACAUAGAGGUAGACAAGGGAAGGCCGGCAGGGUGACUGUGGGUGUGAGUAUAAUUUUGUUUCUUCCAUUUGUUUAACCAAAUUGAGGGUAUAAUGUUCAGUUGUAGGAGGAUAAGACUAUAUUUUAUGGGAAUGAAGGAGAGGGAAUGAAAAUUGAAGAGGUAAUAACUUUAAAAAAAAAAAAACAUGUCUUCCUUUUGAUUCCUUUGAGAAUGAAGGGGAGGGAAUUAAAAUUGAUCAAAGGGGAAACGUGUGAUUCAUCUAGGUAGCUCCCUUUUGGAAGCAGAGCAAAGGCAGAGAGAAUUAGUUUUAGUCUUAAAAGUACAUCGGAAGGAAGACUGUCUAGGCAGAGCACAGGGAUUGAACUUGAAUCUGAAAGAUGUGAGCAGGGCAAUUCUUUGGCAUGGAGAUUGCUACCACAAGGUGUUGUCUUGACAAACAAGUAUCAUGGAUUUCGUCACACCUCAGAGCAUUAGACGCGGAAAAUGCCCACAGACUUCCUUAUAUUUUGACUGGCUGGAAGUUGAGGACAAUUCAUCAAAGGUUAACUUUAGAUUCUGCUGGAAAGCAAAAUAAAAGCUGUAUUGUCUGGAAGACACAUUCUGUGCCUGUUGGUUUGGAGGAAUCCUCAUCUCUACAGUCAGGAGAUCCUUUAAAUGAAGAUGAGAAUGUUUCUGAGGAUUCACCAGAGAAGCCUUUUGCUAAACCGCUCAGCAGCGACGAGUUGAAAUCUCUAUUGGCUGACUCUGAGAGGGCAAAGCUCACCAAAAAAUUAAGUGAAUCUAACCAGCAAAACCGGUUCCUCAAAAGACAGUUACAAAUCAAGGAGGAUUCACUAGUUAACUUCAAAAGUGAACUUGCGGUCAUGGAACUGGAGAUUCAGGCAUUAGUCUCACUGGCAGAAGAAAUAUCUCAAGCUGGCAUUCCAGAAGGUUCAAGAAAGAUCAAUGGGAGAUACAUUCAAUCUCAUCUUCACUCCCGCUUAGAAGCUGUACAUGAGAAAUUGAAGGAACAAAUAAAGGAUGUAGAUGCUGCACAGUCUAAGGAGAUUCCCUUGUUCUGGUGUGGCAUGGCAGAGAGUGUACAAGUUAUGGGCUCAUUUGAUGGGUGGAGUCAAGGGGAGCACUUAUCACCAGAGUACACUGGUUCUUUUACCAAGUUCUCAACCACAUUAUUGCUCAGACCUGGAAGGUAUGAAAUCAAGUUCGUGGUGGAUGGAGAAUGGCUGCUGUCACCAGAAUACCCUACUGUUGGUGAGGGACUAAUGGAAAACAACUUGCUAAUUGUAGAAUAGCUACAGUGUCCAUGGAGGUUCUAGUCAUGCUAGAUAUAGAGAACUGACAAUUGCAUUGUUUUCCAGUAUGAGCUUCUUCCUUGUACUCUUUAUCUCUUCUUGCUUAUCUACUUGUAUCCACUGUAUAGCUUUGAACUGGCAGCUUAAUAAAAUAGAUUGUUUUAAGGAUUAAAUUAGGAUGAAAGGAA